AAGUGCGUCAAAGGAGGGUGUUGGCAACCGUGGGGGCCAUCGGGAUUGAUGGGGAUGUUUCCAACAUGGCGGCAUCCAUUUCAGGUUACACUUUCAGUUCUGUGUGUUAUCACAGCGCCAACAGCAACGCGGAUCAUGAAGGCUUCCUAUUAGGGGAUGUAAGGCAGGAAGAGACCGUCAGCAUCAGUGAUGCACAGAUUAGCAGUUCGGAGCUGCUGCAGGUUGUAGAAAUCCAUAACCAUGACCCUUGUGCACAGUUGUUUAGCUUUUAUGACUAUGCAGGUACAGUCAAUGAGGAAAAUCUCAACAGCAUUCUCAAAGAUAGGCGAAAAAACGUGAUCGGCUGGUAUCGGUUCCGGAGGAACUCGCAGCAGCAGAUGUCGUUCAGGGAGCAGAUCAUCCACAAACAGCUCACUCAGCUGCUCGGCGUGCCCGACCUCGUCUUCCUUCUUUUCAGCUUCAUCUCUACAGCCAACAGCUCCACUCACGCGCUGGAGUAUGUGCUCUUCAGGCCCAACCGAAGUAGGUACAACCAGAGGAUUACGCUCACAAUCCCAAAUCUUGGCAACACAAGCCAGCAGGAAUACAAACUCUCCUCGGUGCCCAACACCUCAAGCAACUAUGCCAAGGUCAUCAAAGAGCACGGCGCUGAGUUCUUCGACAAAGAUGGUGUGAUGAAGGAUAUCCGAACAAUAUUCCAAGUCUACAGUGCACUACAAGAUAAAGUCCAGGCUGUUUGUGGAGAGGUAGAGCAAAGCGAACGUGUUAGAGAAAAACUCCAAGACGAGGUGAACAAACUCAAACAGCAGAUUGCUCUCAGGAAGCGCGUGGCUGCAGAAGAGGAGAGAAGGCUCCGUGAGGACUCCCACUCCCCAGCCGAAGAGAACGCGGAGCUCUGCCAGGCUUCCCUCCUUUCCAGGAUAUCUUUUGAUGCGCCUUCUGCCCCGGAGCGACCCAGCACCUCACCAAACCCCCCGUCCUAUACUGACCUCUUAUCCCAAGAUGACAAUCUGCUCUCCUCCUCCUCCUCCCCGCCAACCAGCGCUGCUCUGUUGCCUCGGCCCCAGGCCGUGGGCUCACCGGGACACCCAACGCCGGCCCCCGUGCAGACGGACCUGGGACUGGGCCUCAGGCAAAGCGUGGGCCUCGGUGCCAGCUCCAGUCCCGUCAGCACUCCCAGUACCGCGUACCUUGGCAACGGUGACGGAUCGAGCUCCGACUCCUUGGACAGACAAGCUGCUGGACAGGAAGAUGACGAUGAUGACGACGACGACGACGAGGGUGAUGAAGAGGAUGCAGACGAGGACAGUAGUGAAUAUGAGAACUUGGUGAGCGAAGGAUCUCAUUUGCCUCUGGUCUCAGCCGGCGUUUUAAGUCAGGGCCGACCGGCCGCCCUCAGCCCCGACGGCGACGCCCGCGGCUCACAAAUGACAUAGAAACGCGCCACAGGAUGCGCGAAGGACACGAAUAAGCGACGCGCCUUUAAAGGUGGGCAUCUGAAGCAAUCAAAGAUGAGCAAAUGUAGACAAAAGAAGUGCCAGUCUUGAAAGCGAAAGGCAUGCACGGGUGGCUUCCACUGUGCAAUUUGUCUUUUUUUUUUCCUUUUUUGUUUUGUUUUGUUUUUUUAGGGAAAACCUUGCAAGGCUUUGCAGAUAUGGCCCACGCGGGUAAAACCUGUCUGUUUUUUGUAUUCUUGAGGCCAUUCAAGGUACCUAAGUGAGGACCUGUGGGUUCGGAGUCAGAUGUGGAUUAAACAAAGCAGUUUCUGCCAGCUGGUUGGCAAACUUGCUUCUGAUAAAACAGCCCUGCGCUCUGUUUAUGUUCGUUUUCCGCAUCUUUUUUGUCGCAUUUCCAUCACCGAUUUGAAUCGUCGUUUCUUGCAUUACUUCUUGCACAAUUAACUUUUUUUUUUUUUCCCUUUUUCCUUUUAAGCUAUCCCUUUAAGAAAGUAAAGGGAUAAUUUCUGCUGCCUUUGAGCAAUUUUAAACAAAGGCAAACGAUUACUGACUUAUUGGACUCUGUGUCCCUCUGUGUCUCAUAAUUAAAAUCAAACAGUUGCCUGUUUAAAUGAUGAAUAGAUCUCCAAAUUUACGCUGCCACUUCCAUAAUGGGUGCUUUAAAUACGUAAUAUAUAUAUAUUUUUUUUUUGUCACAUUAACAGUUGUUCUAAUUUGAUUGAGAAUGUUAGUGUCUUGUGUCUAGGAAUAUUUGUAUGCGCUUUGCUGCACUUAAAACAUAAGAUUCCUUUUUUUUUUUUUUACUUUUUUUUUUUUUUUUUAUUCUUGCUUUACCAAUGCUGACAUGUUGUGCCGGUUGUCCUCUUUAAGCACCUGGAGCCAAACUCGGACUCAGCUUUCUCCUCUUCCCUUGGUUUAUUUUGCAUUGUACGGGGUUCACGGGGCAAACACAGUGUACUGUAGCUUUACUAACAAGAUGCUUAAAGUUCCCUUUUGCUGCUGCAACACCUAGAGCUACUAGUAAAAGUUGCAUCUGUCUGUUCUGUUUUUCACAGAAAAACCUGGCUGCUACCUUCAUUUUUACCAUUCUAGUUGUCUCAAUACUACUGACCGGGCUCCUUUAACCACUUCCAGCACACUUUAUCACUGACAUGUCUCUAUUAAAGCUGUAAUGGAAGGCCUCUAGUGUGUGAAUUAUAACUGGGAGCGGAGAACAAUGUCUUGCCUUCUUGUCUUCUCAUAGUUAACAGCGGCGCUAAUGUAUUCUCACCUGCUCGGGACGGCGUUAUGUGUGUGUGGACCUAGAUAAUGUGAUUUAUUUUAUUAUUUUUUUGUUUAAACCCAUCAUGACCCUGCUUUAGUAUACAGUGCCUUCCACUCAGGGCAGCUGCCGUGUCUGCGCUCAGAACCAUGAUUUUGCUAGAGCAAUCAAAGUAGAUAAACAUCUUGUCUUUUCUCCAUCAUCAGCUUCUAGUCUUUUUAUUUUUUUUUCUUUACUUUUUAAGGUACUGCAACCGUUUUCUUCAACCUACAUGUUUUGUAUCUAGAAGGCAUGGGCCGGUGUGAUUAGCUUGAAUGAGAAAUGCCACAGUAUGAAGUUAUUUCUUCAAAGAUUUAAAACAAAGGUAUAGCAUAAUCGAAGUUAAUUAAUCACAAAAAGGGCACUGCUAAUUCCUAAGGGGUUGUUAUACUGGUAAAAGGUUCUCCAUAACCUCUGGCAUUUUUAAUCUCGACGCAGACUUGAGCUAAAUGAAUCUUUACUCAACACUCAAUAUACGGUAAUAGUUAUUUCACGUAUCCCCUUUGUUGCCUAAAAGCAAGCUAGGUUUAGCGGGUUAAUUAGACGGCAUCUAUUUGGGUAGAAAUCAAACAGGGUUAUCUAAAUGUGCUAUGGGUGCUACUGCUUUUGUGUCACCGCCAUGGCACGCGUGUGUUUCUGUGUGAGUAUUGCGUGCAAUGGGAAAUAUUUCCAAAUAGCUGAAUUAGCCCUUGUAAGCAAGGGAAAAGUGCAGUGACCUUCAAUCCAGAAAACUGACCGGCAGUGCGCAGCACAGUUUAGGCAGAGGCCAACCUGAGCUCCCAUCAGCCCCCACACACCAGGACAAAACUCCCGCUCUAUCAUAGAGAGGGCUUGAAACCAUUGCAGCAUUUUCAUUUGUGCUAUAUUUCAAACCUUGUAACCUUGGGUCUGUAGGAACUUGUCAGGUUAUGAAAACCUUGUGUAAAAAAUAUUUUACGAAGUAAAAAGUAGAUUGUAUAACAUACUGCAGCCAUAGCUAGAAUAUAGAACAAACUGCUUCUUAACAGACAUGACUCUUAUUGAGAAUACGCCGUUUCCACACUGCGACUUAAUCGCAACUAGUAAUAUUUACAGAGGCUUUCUGUCUUGAAAGUGAGGUAAUGGUGUUGUUGGCUUAUGUCACCCAGCUCAUUGGCAGCUAUGUCUUACGCUUAACUCCAGAAGGAAAAGCUCCAUCUAAAUUGGCACUUUCUUGAGCAUCAUAUUAAAAAGACUUCAAUCUGUAGGAAUGAAAUAACAUCAAAUAUUUGUGUAUCUGAAACCGUAACCUUUUGAAACUUGCAGACCUUGAUACAGGUGACUGGCCCACGCCCACACCGCUCUACUAGUCCACACCAGUGGUUCUCAAUCCUGGUCCUCAGGACCCGCUCUCCUACAUGUUUUAGUUGCGUCUCUGCUCCGGCACAACGGAACCAAACCGUUGCAGUACCUCCUGAGCAGCCGUGAGGCGCCGCAGAGUUUUCUUCAUCACCCGUUUAUUGAAGUCAUGUGUUUGGCGGCGAGGAAGCACCAAGCCUGCGGGCACCAGGUAGCCCGCAAGGACCCCGUGUGGUGCCCUCAUGCCUGUUUUAAAACCAGCACAACCCUCCAGUGAGCUGCAUCUGAAACGCUAUUUUAGAGUCUGUUGCUCUAUUUUUGUAAUCACACUUUUAUUUAAAUAGAUUUAAAAAUAUCAAAAAACAUUGCCAAUAUGUUUAUCGGUGAGCGCUGACUCUUCUAGUUUAAAGGUCAGCGCUCCGUGUGGCACAGUACCGAAGAAGCAGCUCUCGGUUUCAAAAGGCUUGGUGACCCCUGACUUAAACCAGGCAGGAUAGUGGGUCUCGAGCACCGGGAUGGAAACCAGUGGUGUACACGUGAAACCGCUUCCUGAGUCCAUUUCCCUUGUUGCUUUGAAUAACCUCUGUAUCUUAUAGUUGCAAAAUUAGUUUGGUUGCCUAACUAUGUGAAACUGGAACUGCAGCCAAGUCGGACGAACUGAAAAGCCUGCAAGGAUCGGUUGAUGAGCGAAGGACUGACAUCCAGAUGUUGCCAGCAGGAGGCCGUGGGACACCUUUGCAUGAUCUGGUGAACUCUAGAUGCCGUUAAAUUUAGCGUGGACUCAUGUUUGCACUGCACCAGAUAUGCUUUGGUCGAGAGAAGCUUUGUCUUGUGAUCAAGCUCGGCUUGAUUUAGACCCUCUGUAUGUCAUCUUGUUUAUGGUUAUUUUUUUUUUUUUUUUGCUUUCAUUUGCCCUGAUGUGUAACGCCAAUGCAUCACUAACCAGGAACUGGCACUCAAAAUGUUGCGUUAUGACCUCAAUAGAGUAACAAUCGUGCAAAGAAAAAUGAAAUGAUUAAAUGAGCUUUUGAGGGGUGUGAUUUCCUUGGAGUACUGAAAUAAAGAAUGAAUGUAUAUUACACAGUAGUCGGUGACGUGUAAAACGGCGCUUAUUGUACUGUAUAAAGUUGUCUCAGAUGAGCGAUGCAAGAGCAACAUUUCUCAGAGACGGUCCUGUCUUGUCAUCCUUGUUCUUCAUGCCCAUUGAUUGAGGUUUCGCGGGCUUUGACCAGAGUGAAAACCUGCAGGGCUUUGGAGCAGAAGGCUCAAUUUAUGUGAGAAUUGACACUAUUUAGAUCAAUAUGUUUUCAAAUUGCAGCAUAAUCCAAAUGUGUACUCACAUACUUUCACCGUAUGGGGUGACCGUCUGCUUCCUCCAUGGAGCGGACCGUAACACGAUCACCUCCGUAAAGCACAAAGUCCAGUGCACACACACCCUUGGAUCUUCUGGAAUUUAUCUGGAUUUGUGUACAUGAUGAAAGUUGACCAAUGACUUGUUUGGUUAAGCACAGAGAACAGGGUGGAAAAACUGAAGGAUAAUAAAUAAGACAUUUAUAUGCGA